AUGUUGGACUUCGCGGAAGCAAUCGAAGAUUGUAGACUGGUCGAUGUGGGCUUUGACGGUGCACCUUUCACUUGGGCAAAGAACAACCUAUUUGAGAGGCUUGACAGAGUUUUUAUAAAUGAGCAGUGGACUAGCGUUUUCGAGGCAACAAGAAUCACGAACCUGCCUCGCGUCGCCUCGGAUCAUGGUCUUAUCCUGGUUCGAUGCAAAACAGAGGUGACAGGGGAGCAAGGUAGGAACUUCCGAUUCCAGAACAUGUGGUUGAGACACGAGAGGUUUCGAGGAGUCGUGGAAUCCAGUUGGAGCCAACCCACCAAGGCCGGAGGACUACUUAAUUUGCAAAUCAAGCUCGCAAGGCUUAAGAAAGUCCUUAAAGAGUGGAAUAGAGCGACUUUUGGAAACCUCCAAUCUAACCUUAAAGAGGCUGAGGUAGUUAUCGUAGAGGCCCAGCAAGCCUUCAAAGCAGAUGCAUCCCCGACCAAUAGAUGCUGA